CAACGAGGACAAGGAUGAUUGAGUGUUGGACCUCUCGUGGUUCACUGCCGGACCCAUGGGACGAGGCAAGCGAGAGGUGGUGACAGGUUUGUUGGUGAAUUUGAGGGCGACAGAGGCCUUGGGACGGGCCGGACUGAUGGGCCUCGUCUCCUUCACCUGAAUGUUGCGAUGAAGAGUUAAUUUACGUGAGUCAAAGACAUCGCCAUCGCCAAGAACGAGGCCAGCAAGGAAAUCCUCCUUCUCCUCUUCCUUUUCCUCCUUGAUCGGCGGGACGGGAGCAAUGUUGCGCACAGGGGAGCGACUGCUCUGACGACGACGUCGGAGCCUCUCUCCCAAAUCCAGCGGUCCAUGAGGCAGGAUAAUGCCCUCAAAUAACUCAUCCUCGCUCUCGGUAAUGAUCGAGCUUGCUAUGCUGGGACUCAUGGCCGAGACGGAGGAGCUACGGCACGACAUGAGAUCGCGACGAGUGCCACCGAAUCUUGUCCCGAGACUGCCUUCGGCCCACUCAAAGUCAUCCAUCAUGGUGUUGAAAGUGGGCGUCUUUGGCACGUCCCUCCUUGUCGACAGCUGAAGUUUUCCAUCCGAUGGAAGUUCAAAGUCCUUUUCGAAAUCAUCCUCUCCAUCAGCGGGUUUGUCAAUGUUGGACUUUUUCGGGGUCGGCGGGGUGAUCAAAGAGAUGGGCUUGGGAGUCUGGCGCCUCUUAGACACUUUGAUUGUCUCCAUGCCAUCUCCGAAAAAGUCAUCGUCGUCCUCGUUGUCGCGGAACCGCUCCAGGUCGAUGUAGCUGUUGCUGAUGGAGGACGAACUGUUCUCCUUGCGAUCCUCCUGAGCAAUGGUGAGCGACUUCCUGGAUGGCUUCAGAGGGCUGUUUGUUGUUGAAUUACUAACUUGGCGCAGGACUUCGGGGAACUGGGAGCCAUCGCGGGGCUUGAACUGGAGCGACUGGCCCAUGUCGGGAAAUUCGAGAUCGUCGACCCAAUCCUCCUGGAUUACCUUUUUCAAUUUUCUCCCCCCAAGACGCUUGAUGGUGCCCCCCAUAAGGGCGGAUGGUGGUACAUUUUUGGGGAUCGGAACGCCGGCCUUUUCGGCAGCUGCGAUGGCAUCCAGGGUGGACUUCUCAUCGUCGCCGGGCAGGUGGACCUGCUUUUCCUCCUCUCCAUGGAUGGACUCGAACUCGGAUCGGAAGGAUGAUUGCGAAUCGCGACGGUUGGUGGGAAGGUUGGCCGAGUUGGACUGGCUCUGAAAGGUGAGAUCGUCACCAUCAAUCACAAAGUCUUCAUCGUCCCAAUUCUCAAUCUCGUCCUCGACCGGCAGACGAGCUCUUAGACGUAAGGUUUCCAUGGCUGGUGAUGUUGGAACACUGGUUAUUUGCAGUUCAGAUGCAAUCAUGUGCGAUCGCGACGACUACUGUUGUGUAGCGACGAUGGGCGAUCGAGUCAGUAAUGAGGAUUCAUAGUCGUCAACACGUUGGCAUCGGCCACCCGGGCAGGCAAUUGUUUUCCUUUCUCAGGGAGCAAUAAGAACAGCUAACGGUCGCAUAAGGUGUGCAGGUGUAAAAGUCGGGAGGAGUGAUUCCGGGUCGGUAAGGAGUGGUGUAGGUUUGUUGUUGGUAUACGAAGCAAAAGAGGCAAAAGAGACAAAAGAGAGCGCGAUACAGGGGUUAUGCUGCGGGGGAGGGCUAUUUCGUAAUUGCAAGAAUGCAGGAAUUUCUGCUGCUCGUGUGGGCUCUCUGAGGUGACGUUGUGGUGGGAAGUGGUCGAAAACGAAGAGGCGGGAUGUGGUGCCUUGGUAUGUGUGGAAAGGUGUGGCUGGCAAAAGAGAGAGAGAGAGAUGGGAGAGCGCACACGACGCACACAGAGGCAGUGCGGGCGGGUGCUUUUGGUGGUGAAUCAAAAGGUGGGUGGGAGGCGAGAUGCAAUGAGACACAAAGUGGGUGGAGGCCCAUGCUCCCCCCGGCUUGUCCCAAGACUCCACCGGCCACCAAAUAAUCCGCAGGGGCCGGUUUUAGCACCUCAACCCCCUCCAAACAUGCACAACAUCGUCUUCUUUGUGAAUCCACUCCCAGCCAAACAUUCCACCCUUGCUGGCUUCAUAUCUUCGUCAACUGAUAUAUCUGUCUACACUCCGUGGCACUCCAGGAAUAUCUAGCCACUCCUCCCCUAAAUGUCUCAUGCAGUGCCUGUUCGGUCUGCUGCCGUCUGCAAAGCAUGCGAGUCGCGUCCAUGACGCGCAAAAACACGAACCCCCCGCCCUCCAAUAGCAACAGCUGCCACACACUCAACACUUCUGUCAUCGGGUUGACAUUGGAGCGCACUGACGGGCACAACAAGAAAAGAAAGUAAUAUGAUCAGAUGGCAAUCUUAUUAACACGAGUCACCAAAAUACAAGAGUUCAUCUCUCCUCCAUCUCUCCUCCAUCUCUCCUCCUCGUCUUCGUGGGACCAUAGCAAGUGUGCCGCAUGGUGCAAGGUGAGCCAACCUCUGACCUCAUCGGUAUUGGCAUCGGAAACCACUGUCGUCCUGUCUUUUUGCAUCGCUUGUUGCAUCGCAUUCUGAGAUCGGCACACCAGCCUUUUGCUGUGUUGGGCAACUAUUUGAUGCCUUCAUUUUUCGAUCCCAAACCAAGCGUUACGGAAGUCUUUGUUGUGUGCUGCUAUAGCUACCUUACAGCUAUUUGCUCUGAGUUUAAGCUGUGUUGCCUAAAUUUCUAGGACCUGAAUCCCUGGAGUCGCCCUCGCUGCCUGGACCUGCUUUUCCCUCUUAUAAUCAAACUCCAUCCCCUAUACCAUUACAAUCACCACACCCCCUUGCAUCUGAUCCCAUUCCGUAUACCCUCCCAAAAGUCUCGGCUUCUUGACUCAUCAACCGAAAAAUAGCAUUGUCCGCGAGCUUCCCGCCUUCCCCGCACCCACACCGGCGAGCUGGCUCCGGGCCGUCUCUCAAAGCAUCAAGGUUCUGUGUUCCUCACGGCGCCGUUGGCUCAAAACAGUCAACUGCUAUACCUUCGGACUCUUAUUUUGCUCCUCCUGAAAUCUCACGGCUCGUUUCAGCCGCUGCGGCACCCAAAUCGUCCAGCAAUCGGCGUCACUCCUCCAGCAGGAACUGCAAUCCAGUUUUCUAUUCCAAACACCCAUCCCGCCCUCGUACACACAAUAUGGCAACCCCUCACAUCAUACGAAUCCCCAGGACCGACCAGGAGGGGGCUUACGUGCUCGGUCAAGUCACUCCUUCCGGAUCCAAGCCGCUCAACGUCAAGUUUGUGGCCACUGACGGAUACGCCCCAUUCAUAAUCAAGCUGAGGCACGACCGUAUUGGCGAAUACAGGGUCAGCAACAGCCCAUGCUCACCCGAAGAGUGGGAAGCAAUCUUGAAAUCUUUUCUUCUCAGAGGGGACCCGGUCGAGGGCAUCGAAGCUGGUGCUGAGGUCAAGUCGGAAGUGUCGCUCACUAUUACUGUCAGGAGACGAGUACAAGGUAUCAACCAACGUCUCGGAACUCUGGCCCUCAAGUACAAGGAGGAUGAAGAGGUCCAGCUCUUUGACUGGUGCGGAGCUGUUGCGUUGGAGCGGGAAAAGUUCCAAGAAACUGUGGCUACCGAAACGGCGAAAGUAACCGACUUGGAAGCUAGGAUCACGGAGCUCAGAAAUCAGCUGGACGAACUCACACAGGCAAAGAAGGAUAGGGAGUCGGAAAUCCUGGAGAAAUUCUGCGAUAUCCUCAACGAGAAGAAAGUCAAGAUUCGGGAGCAGCAGCGGUUGUUGGCUGCGGCGCGGCCAGGAUCUUCUGGCCAUGCUAUCUCGGCUCGUGUGGCGCAAGUUGCCAGCAGCCAAGCAGACAGAAACCCAGCGCCAUCACGACGAGCCAAGAGGAAGGCUUUGGAGGAUGCUUCGGGUGGAGGGUCGUCUGACUCGGAUGAUGGCUUUGCUCGGCCGGUUAGUGAUGCUGACAGGAUGGAUAUCGAUACGCCAGAGCCAGCCAAGGUCAGCGCCGAGGGUGAGGAUCGCCAGACCACCGAUGAUGACGCCACGGGUAGCGAGCCUGAUGAUGACGAGCCUAUUCCGCCGCCACAAGCUCAACCAAGGAAGCCUGCGCCAAAGAAGGACGGGGCGCUGCCUACGAGGCAUCAUUUGAGGAACACGACGAAAAAGGAAGCCACUCCUCCACCGGGGAGUGAGACGGAUUCUGGUGAUGACGAGCUGUGA